AUGCAACCACCAAGUGUUACAUUCCCUGACACAACAAAUCGUGCAAUUGAAGUGGGAUGUUGUGGAGCGCAACGAAGUUUUGGAAAUAUACGAUGGUAUGAAUAUUUAUUUUUGGCAUUAGGAAUUAUUGCAGUAAUUAUAACAGAUGCUUUGACAAUAAUACGUUUAACAAAUGAAUCGUCAGAGGAUGAUACAACAUAUGGAAUAUUAUUGAUCGUUCAUUCAAUAUUUCUAACAAUAUUUUUAAUAACUGGUAUAUUAUGUCAACGUUUAUUAGACAUCAUAGCAUUUUUUUUGAGCGCUAUAUUAUUAACUACUUAUGUUGUCAUACAUUUUUUCAAACGUAGAUCAGUAAAGGAUCAAUAUAAUAUUCGUCUAGCACGACUUAUAUUUACAAUAUUUUUUAAUGCAUGUUUCAUUCCAUUAACCAUGUUUGUUAUACGAGAUUAUAGACGAAAUGAAUAUGCUAAACGAUUAUUUGGUGCUUUUCAAGGUGCACGUAGACCAUUACAAAUUUACUACAGUUUUGCAUGUGUUAUUCGUAUUAGUGCCAUGUUAACUAUUUCAACUUUGAUUUUGGAUAUGAGAGGAAUUAACAAAACUCUUGAUACAAUUAUACUAGCUAUUGGUAUACCGUUAGUUCUUAUUUGGCUUGGUAUCGCUGUACUAAUGGUUCAAUUAGAAAAUAUAAAACUAGCUAUUGUUUUUUAUUUAUUAUCAUUAUUUCAACCGGUACAUGUCGGUUGGCAAAUCUAUGAAGCUAUCACAGAAUAUAAAAAUUUAAAUCCAAAACCCUCACCUUCACCUGCAACAUCAACAUCUAGCAUGCGACCGCCACUCUUACAGUCAACAUCUAACCCUCAAAAGACUGAUUUGAUUCCAUUAUUAACCGUAUUCUCAAUAAUAUUAAAAAGAUUCAAAUUUCAAUUUGUUAUGUUGUUCAUGAUAGUAAUUCUUAUUUUAAUUUUAUUUAUCACAUACAAAAUAUAUGAACAUUUUUUUCCUGCACCAUUAGUCGAUCCAACUGGGAAAUAUGUGUUGAUAAGUGGUUGUGAUACUGGUUUCGGAAAUAUACUUGCAAAAGAAUUAGAUCGUCAAGGCUAUAGUGUAUUGGCAGGAGUUUAUUCAAAUACACAACAACUCGUGAAAGAAUUAUCAUCGAAAGCAACAGUGUUCAAAUUAGAUAUAACAAAACAGCAGGAUAUUGAUGAUGUAUUUGAAUUAGUUAAAAAUAAAACAAGUAAUUUAUAUGCGUUAGUCAAUAAUGCUGGCAUAGGCAAAGGUGGACCGAUCGACUGGAUAUCUAUGAAACUGUUUCGUGACACAAUGGAAGUGAACUUCUUUGGCCAUGUCUCAAUGACAAAAACAUUUUUACCACUAUUAGUGAACCAAUCUGGUAAUCGAGUGGUUAAUAUUUGUUCUGUCGCUGGUUACUUGGCUACAUCCAAUAUGUCACCAUAUUGUGCGAGUAAGUAUGCAUUAGAAGCUUUCUCCGAUUGUUUACGUCGAGAAAUGGCAUCAUGGGGGUUGAAAGUAUCGAUCAUUGAACCAGGAAUGAUGAGGACAGCAAUAACCGAAGGACAUGCGGAGGCGAUGACUGAGGUAUGGGCUAAUUUAGCUAGUGAUACGAAAGAACGAUGGGGCGAGGCGUAUUAUAAUAAAAAACUGAAUGAUCGAAUGAAUAAAAAGAACAUCUUCUUAAAAUAUGCACAAGAUCCAAUACUCGUCGUUCGAGCAUUACAACAUGCUGUUUCUAGUACAAAGCCAAAUAUUCGCUAUCGUCCUGGAUGGCAAUCCCCAUACUUUUUUUUCCCAUUAUCCAUGAUGCCUGCGAGUGUUACUGACAUGAUUUUAUCUGCCAUGGAUGCCUCCAGCGAGAAACCAGUCGGUGUAUUAAAACGAAUUCAACAAACUGUUAAACAAUCUUAA